UUUGCCCCAAAACUAAGCACUGAACGUCAUCCAUUUUGGAAUUAGUCCCAAAAACGCCUUUUCACGCUUGACUGCUGAGAAUAUGAAAAGUUGACUUGAAAUUGUCAUUUAAGUCAAUGUAGCUUGAAGGACAUGAUCCAACCACGGAAUCAAAAAUCCUCCAGACAGCCGCAGGAUAGCAAAGCCGUGUGCGAUAUGGAGAUCGGCAUUUUUUGGUUGCUAGCGACUUGUAUGCAAUUUCUUUUUCAGAGGCAAAAUAUUUAAAACUAGCGCAAUUGGAUGGCGUUCCUAAAGAAGUGAAGUAUCCGCUGACAACAGUCCCACUUCCACUGCCGCCGAGUUGUUUUUUUUUUCCAUUUUAUUUUUUUUUUUUGCACUGAAGCGGCAGCGGUCACCUCGCUGGAGGAGAAUCUAGAAGCCAUCUCAGCGCCGCCUCGAACCCGAUCGAUGCGGUCCGAAUGAAGCGCUGGCCGUAAUCAAUUAGCUUGACCGCGGCCAGGAGGAGGAAAAAAAAGCAAGAAGAAGAAUCGAAGCCGCUGUAUGGAAUCGGCCCCUUUUCACUAUAAAAUGCUGGACUGCAGGGGUGUCGCCAGGCGGUUUUUGUCGAUUGCGUGACGGCGAGGGGCCCCCCCCCCCCCCGGCCCCCCAAAAGAAACACAUCAGCCCAUCACGCGCCCCGUCGUCGCUUGAUUCUGCGAGCUGGCCUCCUCUUUUGCUCUCUCCACGUCUGUCCCGGCCAUACGGAAAUGGCCGUUUUCUGCCUUUUUGCGCUUUAAAAAAAGAUAUUUGUUGGAAAAUUGAUUGCAUGAUAAAGUAUGAUUUCUGAAAAUAUCAUAUUUUAGCCCGUGCGUACUGAGUUAGGCUACACGAACCCCUUUGUUAUACUCGAUUGAGCACAAAAGAACAUCAAGUUCUUCAGCUGGUUUUGCAUCUGAACUUUUCAUAUACAGCCCAGCGUGUAAAACUAUUUAUUAUUAUUAUUUUUUUUUUCAUUUUUAUUUUCGUGGUUACGGAGAGUAAACAGCUUCACACUUUCGCUGCAUGCUAAGCCGCUAAGCGAAGAUGGCAGAUAACAACACUCGCGGUCCGCUUCGUAAAAGGUUUACGUUACCAUUUUUGGCCUAAACUCCCCACCGGCGUCACCAUAUCCGUCUCAAUUUCUUAUUCUAAAUACGCACAAAUAUAUCUAAAUACACAGCAGACACAAACACACACACCCGCGCACAAUCCCUCAAGCGUCAGCCGUGGAAUUGAAAAACCUCUUCAGAGAAAUAAUGGAGCUCCGGCCACCCUGCAGCACUCGUCUGAGAGUUUGUGUGUGUCCCUUUGUCGCCGUCUUCAAGGUGGAAACGGGGCUACGUGCUCCCGAGAUUGAAAACGCGGGCUGAUUGGCGACUUUCAUUGGAUGUGACGCCGGUAAUGAGCUAAAGGUUUGGAGGACUGGAGGAGAAGAAGAAGAAGAAGAAGAAGAAGAAGAUUGGCUGGCGCUGCAAUCGCACUCGCAACAUUCCCUUCGCCAAACAGGAAGUCGUCACCUCAGUGGGGGCUGAGCUCCACUGAGAGGAAGCAGAGAGGAAGAGGAGGACGGAUUUGAUGACGAAGAUGAAGGCGCUGAGGGCCUUCCUGGUGUUGGCGGCGCUCGGCGCCCUUUGCAGCCUGGCGGCGGCCAGCCGGAGGGGGCGCGACUCGCUGGACGGUCGCUCGCGCCGACAUCGGCACGCAGGUCACACAUCGCUGCACAGACACCGGCCCCGAGUGGGCAAGGAGGGUCAGGUGCUGCACAGGUCCAAAAGAGGUUGGGUCUGGAAUCAGUUCUUUGUCAUUGAGGAGUACACCGGACCGGAUCCCGUUCUGGUGGGACGGCUCCACUCCGACGUGGACUCGGGCAACGGCAACAUCAAGUACAUCCUUUCGGGCGAGGGCGCCGGCACCAUCUUCGUCAUCGACGACAAGACGGGCAACAUCCACGCCACCAAGACGCUGGACCGCGAGGAGCAGGCUCAGUACACGCUGACGGCGCAGGCGGUGGACCGAGACACCAACCAACCCCUGGAGCCGCCCUCCGAGUUCAUCGUCAAGGUGCAGGACAUCAACGACAAUCCUCCCGAGUUCCUGCACGGGCCCUACUACGCCAGGGUGCCCGAGAUGUCCAACGUGGGUACGUCGGUGAUUCAGGUGACGGCCACGGACGCCGACGACCCCACGUACGGCAACAGCGCCCGGCUGGUGUACAGCAUCCUGCAGGGACAACCCUACUUCUCGGUGGAGCCGCAGACGGGGAUCAUCCGCACGGCGCUGCCCAACAUGGACCGCGAGGCGCGGCAGGACUACGACGUGGUGAUCCAGGCCAAGGACAUGGGCGGCCACAUGGGCGGCCUGUCGGGGACCACCGAGGUCAAAAUCACGCUCACCGACGUCAACGACAACCCACCCAAGUUCCCGCAGAGCGUGUACACCAUGUCCGCGUCCGAGGACAAAGUGGAGGGCGAGGAGGUGGGCCGUGUCAAGGCCAACGACCCCGACAUGGGAGACAACGGGCUGGUCAACUACCGGCUGGUCGACGGAGACGGCAUCGGGACCUUCGAUCUCAGCACCGACUCUGAGACCAGGGAGGCUGUCAUCAAGCUGAAAAAGCGCGUGGACUUUGAGACCACCAAGUUGUACACGCUGAAGUUGGAGGCCUUCAACAUGCACGUGGACCCCCACUACCUGGCCUGGGGGCCGUACAAGGACGAAGCCACCAUCAAGAUUUCAGUGGAGGAUGCCGACGAGCCGCCCGUGUUUGUGGCGCCCUUGUACACCUUUGAGGUGGAGGAGAACGCCCCCGCCGGCACUCAGGUGGGACGCGUCCACGCCCAGGACACCGACGCCGCCAACAACCCGGUCAGGUACAUGAUUCCGCGCUACACGGACGUGGAACAGUUCUUCAGCGUCAACUCUGAGGACGGCAUGAUCACCGCCACCAGACCGCUGGACCGAGAGACUCAACCCUGGCACAACAUUUCUGUGUCGGCCACCGAGAUAGGAGGCCACCACCAGGACACCAAAGUGCGCGUCAACAUCAGAGUCAAAGACCGGAACGACAACGCUCCCGAGUUUGCCACCAACAACGAAGUCCUCAUGUGUGAGAACGUUGCACCGGGAAAGGUUAUCGAAACGAUCAGUGCGGUGGACAAAGACGAGAUGGCCCACCGGCAGCGUUUCACCUUCAGCCUGGCCCCAGAGGUGGCGCACAACCAGAACUUCUCCCUCAAAGACAACGCAGACAGCACGGCCAGCGUCUACGUCCUGCGGAAGGGCUUCAGCCGGCUGACGCAGGACGUCUACUUCCUGCCGGUGGAGAUCAACGACAACGGCGUUCCGCCCAUGAGCGGCACCGGCACGCUGACGGUGCGCGUGUGCUCCUGCGACAGCAAGGACACCAUCUUGUCGUGCAACGUGGAGCCCUACGUGCUGCCCGCCGGCCUCAGCACCGGCGCGCUCAUCGCCAUCCUCGCCUGCAUCGUCAUCCUGCUGGUCAUCGUGGUCUUGUUUGUGGCGCUGCGGCGUCAAAAGAAGGAGCCCCUGAUCGUCUUCGAGGAGGAGGACAUCCGAGAGAACAUCAUCACCUACGACGACGAGGGCGGCGGAGAGGAGGACACGGAAGCCUUCGACAUCGCCACGCUGCAGAAUCCCGACGGCGCCAACGGUUUCCACCCGAGGAAGGACAUGAAACCGGAGCUCCAGUUCCCGCUGCGUCCCGGCGUCCACCCGGCAGCCAACAGCGUGGAUGUGGACGACUUCAUCAAGACGCGGGUGGCCGAGGCCGACAGCGACCCCACCGCGCCGCCCUACGACUCCAUCCAGAUCUACGGCUACGAGGGCCGCGGCUCCCUGGCCGGCUCGCUCAGCUCUCUGGAGUCGGUCACCACGGAGUCGGACCUGGAUUAUGACUAUCUGCGCAGCUGGGGUCCGCGCUUCAAGAAGCUGGCCGAUUUGUACGGCACCAAAGACUGCUCCGUUCACGAAGGGGACGACGACGACGACGACGACUGUUAACGGCGGACCCCCUUCCAGAUAUAAAAACAAAUUCCGAUGAUUCCAUGAGGAUUUUUUUGCUCCGACGCCUACCCAGCUUUUUCCCAUUUCACGAAUACCCAGAGCUCCCAACUUUACUUCUUACGGACCGGACCGGAGUCGGGCGGGAAAAAUGUAUCACGUCACCCGUGUGUGUUUGGAAUUUACUUAGCGCAAAAACAAAACAAAACAAACAAAAAAAUGUUUAGCUGAAAUUAGAAGUUGUGUACACUUAACGUGGACUGGAUUCACAAGCGUUUUCGAGGUUUUAGUCCCUGGACCGGAUCCUCUGGCUUGCCGUCCCAGUUGUUGCUUGUGCGAUUCCCGCUUCGGACUCUGGGUUGUUGAUACUGUCUUGGCAGUACGGUGGCCUUAAAAUAAAUCAACAACAACUCCGGAGGGCCAACACGCACGAUACGAGACCGACGACGUGAGAGGCUUCGUUCGCUAGCUACGAAAACCAAGACUGAGGCCCUGUGGCGGAAAAACAAAGGACCACGACGACAACAAAAUCAAGUCGGACCGAAUUAGACAUGGAAAACUGCGGAGGACCAGUAGUUUUUGGAUCCCCGGAUCCCGUGUCCUGUCUUAUCACUUCCGCCGAGGGCUGCAAACAUUUCUGGGAGCUUUCCUGUCAAUUAUCGAGUGGAAAAGAAGCUCGUGGAAACUUUCUGUGGGAAUUCAUCCAAAAUUGAGAAUCAUUCAAUAUUUCAAACGAAGCAUAUAUCCGCGUAAAAGAGCCGAACUGCAAUUUGUUCAAUUCCGGGUCGUUGUUGCAUUUACUCCCACAAAUUCCCACAGAAAGUUUCCGGGCUUGAACAUUUUUUGCAACCGUACUUCCGCCAAUGAUGAUGACGACCAAUCCUAAACGAGUCCAAACCUGUGAGAUCUUAACUAUCGCCUUAACGGACACUCGCAGUGCAUUCUAGCUUUCCAUUGACGGGUUUUUUUGUUUUGAUAUUUUUUUUUUUUUUUUUUUUUUUUUUGGAAUCCAAGACGCAAGCUUGCUCGCCUCCAUGUUUGAGAGAAUGUUGCAAAACGAGCGGCGCGCUCCGCUCGCUCAAAACAAAACAGGAUAUGACGGGGUUUGAUUGUUUUUUUGUUAUUGUUGUUUUUGUUUGUUUGUUUUUUUUUUGUUUAUUUCCCCACCCUACCCCAAAAAAAAAGGCCAGGCAACAUCUGUUGCAUCAACACGUGUUGCAAAUGUUUCCGAAAAACCUUCGCCCACUCCCGAGAAGCCAGGUCGUAGGAUUUUUUAUUGUUUUGUUGUUGUUUUUCUAUUUGUUUUUUUUGUGGUUCAACAUCAUUUUUAUUAUUCCAUUAUAAUUAUUAUCAGUUUCUUUUCUUAUCACUUUUCCCAUUAUUAUAAUAAUUAUUAUUGUUGUUUCUUUGCCGACGCGUAUUCAGCGCUUUGCCGCCAAAGCGUUACGCGGUCAAAUGACGACCUCAUGUUUGGUUUGGUUUAUUUUAUUGCUAUUAUUGGCUUGUUUAUUUUUGUUUUGUUUUUUUUUUGUCAUUUUUGGGCGUUUCAUCGUGGUUCCUCCCCCUCGAGAGGAAUACGGCGAAGCGACCUGUACGUCGCUCGAGAGAAAACGCCUGGUUUUUAUUCUUCUGUCGAGUUUUAUGGUACCGAUUUGUACAAUUUUAAAAGUUCUUAUUUUUUAGUAUACAUGCAGAAUAUUCCAGUUACGACAAAAAAAAAAUGUUAAGAUUUAAAAAAAAAAAAACUAAAUGAUUCAGCAUCACACUUAUAUUUUCUGAACAUUGUACUGUUGCUUUACUAUGUGCUUCAAUCUACGAAGCGAAAAAAAACCCUUUGAAAUAAAUGAUCUUUUCAUAAAAAUGACAGACAAUUGUUUGCCU